AUGUCGAUGCUCAGGACAGUGAAACCAAAGAACGCUCGCGUCAAGCGUGCACUCGAAGCGCGCGAGCCCAAGCUCGUCGAGAACGAGAAGACGGCAAUCUUUGUCCGCGGCCAGAACACGAGCGACAGGGUCCGCGGCGCAAUGGUCGAUCUCUACGCCCUCAAGCGCCCCAAGGCCAUCAACUUCUCCAAGAAGAACGCGAUCCACCCAUUCGAGGAUGCCUCGUCUCUCGAGUUCUUUGCGCAGAAGAAUGACGCUUCGCUCCUCGUCACCGGCCUUCACUCGAAGAAGCGCCCACACGACCUGAUCUUUACCCGCAUGUUCGACGGCCGUGUUCUCGAGCACCUUGAGCUUGGUAUCGACGAGUUUGUGUCCAUGAGCGACGUGCCAGGCGUAAAGGCAAGCAUUGGCGUGCAUCCUCUCAUGGUGUUCCACGGCGACCUGUUCGACACGCACCCGCGCUUCACCCAACUCAAGUCGCUCCUCCUCGACAUGUACCAGGCGCACCACGACACUGGCAUCCCACUCAUGGCCCUGGAGCACGUCAUUUCCGUCACUGUUGGGCCGGCAACCGGCGACCUGGACGCAGAAGGUGCGAUCCUCCCCAAGAUCCAUGUGCGGGUCUACACGCUCAAGCUUCUUGCUUCCGGUAGCCGUGUGCCGCGCGUCGCUCUCACCGAGAUGGGACCGCGGAUUGACCUCUCGAUCCGGCGCCACGAGGAGGCCGACGCCGACACGCAGAAGGCGUCGAUGCGCCGGCCCAAGCUGUCCAAGGCCGACCAGACGAGCGGACUGGGCAAGAAGCGCAAGAAUAUCGAGACGGACGACAUGGGCGACAAGGUCGGCCGUAUCCACAUGGAGACCCAGGACCUUUCAAAGCUCCAGACCCGCAAGAUGAAGAGUCUCAAGGUCGGCCGCAAGGAGCGCAAGCGCGAGGUCAAGGCGACCGCGGCUGCCGGUGCCGAGGGGAUGGACGAGGACGACAAGUAG